AUGGCAUCUUUCACGGUAGAGGCAUGCUGGAACCACUGGAAGGCUUUGCUACGAAUAUUGGGUUAUGUCGGCAGGACUAUUCACCACGGUAUCACAUAUGGCGGAAAUAAUGAGCACGCACAAGGAGUCGAAGGCAGCGAUAUCGACUAUUACUCCAUUGACCACAACAUCGAAGGGCACGUCGGCUCUGCAGGCCUGCAAGAUGGAGAAGCGUUCUCUGACACCGACUACGCUACUGAUCCAAGGGACCGGAAGAGUAUCCUGGGGUUCGUCUUUAUGGUCUACGGAGGCGCCGUCAUGACGUAUAGCAAGAAGAUGAAAUCAGUGGCAAGAUCUACGACAGAAGCAGAGUAUGUUGGGAUGGGGGAGGCCACAAAAGCUGCCCUCUGGGGACGUCGACUACUUGCAGAACUGGAAGGAAAGGGGGAGCAAACAGUGCCACUACUGCUUGGAGAUAAUAAGGAGCUGUACAGCUGA